AUGGAGCUCUUCGAGACCAACCCUUACUUUUUCCCGGACCAGAGGUUUUACGACGGGGAAAACUUCUUGGGCUCCCGCCUGCAGGGCUAUGAGCCGGCGGCUUUCCCCGAGCGGCCCGAGGUGGCCCUGUGCCCCGAAAGCAGGGUGGCUUUGGAGGAGAAGGACUCGGCCCUGGCCGAGCACUGCCCCGGGCAAUGCCUGCCCUGGGCUUGCAAGAUCUGCAAGCGCAAGACGGUCUCCAUCGACCGGCGGCGGGCGGCCACGCUGCGGGAGAAGCGCCGCCUGAAGAAGGUGAACGAAGCCUUCGAGGCGCUGAAGCGCAGCACCCUGCUCAACCCCAACCAGCGGCUGCCCAAGGUGGAGAUCCUGCGCAGCGCCAUCCAGUACAUCGAGCGCCUGCAGAGCCUGCUCAGCACCCUCAACCAGCAGGAGCGGGAGCAGAGGGACCUGCGCUACCGCCCCGCCGGCCCCCAGUCCGCCGCGGCCAGCGAAUGCGGGUCCGGCAGCUCGUCCUGCAGCCCCGAGUGGAGCACCCAGCUGGAGUUCGGCACCAACCCUGCGGAUCACCUCCUGCCUGACGACGCGGCGGAGGACCGCAAUCUCCACUCGCUCUCCUCCAUCGUGGAGAGCAUCGCCGUAGAGGAUGUGGCCGUGACGUUCCAGGAGGAGCGGGUUCAAAACUGA